GCCGUGCAAAGCAAAAGCAUAAAACAAGAAAAGUGAAAACCAAUCAAAAGAAGCGAAACGAAAGAGAAAUAGCAACAUUCAAAGAAACAUGGCAAGUGCAGAGCAAAAAAACGCAACUGGCAACGGCAACGGCAUCGCCAAGCACAAUAACAGCGCGCUAACAGAGCCAAUCGAGCCGCCCAAGGAUGCCAAGGAUCUGCUGCCGCAUCUGGAGUCGCUGGAGCGCAUCAUAAAGCUGCCCGUGGUGAAUGCCGCCUGGGAUAAGUCACAAGAUGUCUAUGGCAAAGUGAAGGGCAAAAACCGCGUCUUCAAUUGGGCCCUAAAUGCCGCCGAGGAUUGUGUUGCCCGCGCCGUGACGACGGCGGCGCCGAUUGUGAAUCGCUUGGAUCGUCCCAUUGCGUAUGUGGAUCAGACCUUGGUCAAGGGCAUUGAAACGCUGGAGGUGAAGGCGCCCAUCAUUAAGGAUACACCGCAGGAGAUCUAUGCCCAGGCCAAGAACAAGGUGAUCGAUGUCGUCCAGCCGCAUCUGGAGCGUGUUGUCAAAUUCAAGGCAGCUGGCCAGCAGAAGGCCGCCUCCCUCAAGGAUCUCGCCUGGCAGAAGGCCAACGAGGUCCUGGCCACCCAAUACGGCAGCCUGGCCGUCAAUGGCGUGGACACAACCACAGCCCUGGCCGAGCGUCUACUGGAAUACUAUUUCCCCAAAUGCGAGUCGGAUGUCGAGGAGGAUAAUGAUAAUAAACAAAAUGCUGUCGUGCGAAAUGGCAAAAAUGCUGAGACUGACAUGCCAGUUCCCGCCAGCGAGGACCCAGUACUACACACAGUCCAGACCGUUGGCCGCCUAUCCAAUAAGAUCUCGCGUCGCGUCUAUAGAAAUGUCUCCAGACAGAUCAAACAGGUCCAACAGGGCAACAUCAACGACUAUCUGAGCUCAUUGAUAGCCGCCCUCAAGCUGCAUCAGUACAUCAACUUCAUCAACUCAUCGAUGGGCACAAAUGUCGAGCAGUCCACGUUAGCCAGCGACAACUGUACACCCUACGGGCCCAGCAACAGCAACAACAUCAUUAGCAGCAGCAGCGCCAACACCAAAGCAGCGGCCAGCAGCGGCAACAGCAGUGCCAAGAGCAAAGUGAGCACAGUUGCGCCAUCUAUCGGACAAUAAAUGUGCAGCUGCACGCGUUGGAUUUGGUUGAAUGUUGCGCCCCCUUAUUAGAGCAGGGUCAGAGCACUUUCCAAUUGGAAAGAAAACAUCUGCCACUCUCCCGAAAAAUCCAACCUGUUCGCCUCUCAUUUUCUUAUUUAGUUUUAUUUUUAUGCGCCCAUUUUUUUUUUGCAAUUCGUUUUUUUUUUUUUUUCGUUUUUAAGAAGGUGGCCUAAGCAGCCCGCCGCCCUGCACCACCCCACCCCUCCCCCCUACCCACACACACACACACACACCCAAGCGUUUGCUUUGUAAAUAUUUAUUUGAAGUAACACACAUACACACACACACACACAUAUAUACACAUAUUGAUAUAAGUUGUAGUUGUAAAAGAUUUUAAACAUUUUUUUUUUAGCUGUGCUAAAUCUAAAAACAAACACGCCACCUGGCGGCCAUGUGCCACACACAUGCAUUGAAUGGAGAAUAUAAGAAAACAAAACAAAAUUCUGAUCAGAAACCAUGCAAAAUACAUGCACAUGUAUAACACACCCCCCCCCUCACGACCCACGCCCCGCUAAGAACACACCAUAUACCGUAAACGAUAUACUAAUUAACGAUAUCGUAUAUCGUAAAAGAAACACUGAAUUAUAGUUAUGUAGCUAGAGCGAGAUAGAAAGAGUUAGAGAGAGAGACAGAUCGUCGUUUAUGUUGUAUGCUUAAUGAAUAUAUAUACAUAUAUAUAUAUAUAUACGAUUGUAAUACUGAUGUUUUAACUAUGCUUAAAAUAUGUAACAUUAUCUUAGCUGAUGAAUUAUGCUUUAAAUAUAUGAAAACUUAUAUAUAUAUAU